AUGGAGGCGCUUGCAUUUCUUCGAGGGCCUGCCGGCUACAUUGCCUUGCACAAGCCGAUAAUCGUGGUUGGUCGUUCCGCUGACUGCGACAUAUCCUUGGAUUCCAAGUCCAUCUCCGGUCAUCAUGCUAAGAUCCUUCUGGAGGGGCCUAGGAAUAGCGCUGUGAUAGACUUGAAUUCUCGGAACGGCACAUACAUAAAUGACAUCAAGAUAAAGAACGACUCUGUCCCUGUUUACCCUGGUGAUACUCUUCGUUUCGGGACUGAUCUUCCGCCCUUUCGACUAGAAUUUUCUGUGGAUAAGGCUAUCGAGCCGCUGCCCACGCCCAAGGCAUCCGAAGACAUGCCUUGUGCUCACCGAGCGUCAUUGGAGCGCUCGUCAGCCUUAGAUACACUCAUGAACAUAGAAAAAACCAAUCAAGGGGCCAACACAUGGUUUUCGCAUGAGAGUCUUGCAGCAGAAGAUUGCCCCAUACUUAAUAUAGCACAACAAGAGUACAAGGCGGCGGUUGGCGCAGCCCGCAGUGUGGACCAGCAGGACGAAGACCUAUCUGAGCUGACGAUUCCAUCUCAGUGUGCUGUCCUAGAGCAUUCACACUCACAGCAGAUGCGUUCUUCUGAGCUAUCUACGUUUCUACAGAAAGUGGACGAUGGGUUAAGUGUAUUAUUGCCCACUCGUGAGGCAGCUUCUAAACUGGUUACGGAUCUCCUUGCUGAAACACGCACUGUCCACUGUCCAGAGACUGGACUUCUAGAAUCUAUCUUUAAGCGUUUAGAUUCCUUACUGGAGGCAGCAAUUGACACAGCGCAUACAUCUUCUAAGACUCAGCAGACUCAUACUGAGACGGAGACCCCAAGCAGCGAACUAGAUGCUCCACUUCCGCCAACCCUUCCGUCUGUCCCUGUGUCAGAAGAUCUUACAGAGUUGGUUUCUUCGCUGCAAGGCUCCCUUCUUGAAAGAGAUAAGUACGAGCUUCAACUUCUAGCUAGACUUACCAACUACAAAACGGCAGUCUCGUUGCUCCAGGACGAUUUGUUCAAUUAUCUGAAGCAGCAAUCAUCCGCUCCCGAUAACAUAGACAGAGCGCUAUCUGCGUCCUUUGUUGAGUUAAAGUUGAACGAGCAUCUGCUUUCGGAAGAGAUCCGGAGGCUGCGAGCUACUGAAGAAGAUCAUCUUAGCCUAACAGAGACAAUCGAUUUACUGAACCAACGAAUCUACAAUCUGCUUUCUGAAAAUGCCGCAUUGAAGAAAGCUUUGGCUGAGAAAUAG